AUGAACGGACCGUCCCCGAUCGACUUCUUCGCAGUCAUACGUGUUUCGACACUCGAAGAGAUGACUUGCGCGAAGGAUCGGUACUUCGGUCUCAAUCGUGUUCUCCUGCUCGCUGCUGGCUUGUGGCCUUAUGCACAAUCCAAACUUAUUUGGUUGCAAUUGACUUUGCAGUACGGAAUUCUGGGAAGUUUUAUCGUACUUCAGGCUUUACAUGAAGCACAUUGCUUCUUUGAGCAAUUAUUAACUUAUAAAGAUAAUAUGAUAAAGAAGCAAUGCACGUAUAAUGAUAUCAAGAUUGUCCAAAUUUUUAUAUCCUCAUUUAACGUAUCAUUUUUUGUUUUACUAUUGAACGGAUUACUUUAUGCAAGUCUCAAUCUUUAUCGGAUAUUUCGAGAAAUAUCAUCCGGAUGUAUUGGCGAAAAGUUGAUACAAUCAUUAUUAAUUAUGAAUAUUUAUUAUGUAUACACAUUCAUCGCCAACAAUGUUACGCAACAAGUUCUGGAUCAUAACAAUAACGUAUUCACUACUGUAUACAACGUUCAAUGGUAUGUAGCUCCGUUACAUGUACAGAAGCUAAUAUUGUUUCUAUUGCAAAGGGGUAGUAAAACUCUUAAGAUAGUAAUUGGUGGACUGUUUGAGGGUUCUUUAGAAGGCUUCGCCACGCUGGCCAGUGCAUCAAUGUCUUACUUCACAUUUAUUUAUUAUACGAAUCAAUAACGUGCCGAUCUGUAGCACUGUACAAUCUAUAGACUUAAAUAUAGAGUUUUAAUGACAAUGUCGCAAAAAAUGUAAUAUAUGGAUA